AUGUACAGCCUAGUCCACUCACACCAGGCCUCUGACAGUGCGCGCGCGUACCCCGCCUCCACCACCCAGGAGGACCUGGUGGAGACGGCAGCCGCCAUGGACAGGGCCUUCACCAGCAUGGAGGCGCACAUGGCCCAUAAUUGGCAGCGUGCCGACGAUGCACGCGUGCCGGAAGCGCCGCAGCCCAUCGCCGCUGAACCGGAGACGGCCCUCGGUAGCGCCUUUUCGCAGUCACGCGCAACAGGCAACGACGCCGUCAGUGACAUUCCACCCAGCAACGAAGCAGCCGAUGCUCGUGCGCUUAGUCGCGUCCGCAGUGCUGUGACCGUAGGCAUGCUCACCAACAGCCCUCACUACCGCUGUACCGACAACGCAUGCAGUGCGCCUGGCAACCCUGGCGGUCGUAGUCGCUUUAGCGAAGGUGGCGCCACUAGUGAUGCUGUUGCUUCCGGCUCGCCGGAGGCACAACCACGACUGCGCCCCCGCAUCGCUAUCGCAACAAGCCUGGAGGAAGAGGCUCUGCUGCAACAGUGCAUAGCAGCUGGUGGUGGCCCCGGCAUUAGGUCGGUGGAUCGAGCGACGAUACUGGCGCGCCCCUUGACUGCGCCGCCGUACGUAGCCGACCCGAGUUCAGUGGCGGUAUCAGGCAGAGGGGGUAGCAGUAGCGUGUCCACGUCUCCAUUUCUACUAACGCAGCAGCAGCGGCACACGAAUACUUCCAGUGUGCUGAGCGCCAGCUCUGUUCUGGGCCAGCGCACUACCAGUGGCGCCAGCAACUCUUUCUGGAGCUCAAGCAGCGUCCCUGCGAAUGCUUUCAACGAGAGCAGCCCCGUCAUCCAUUCCUCUAUUUAUGCCCCUGGCAGCCCCUUCACCACGGCAGCCGGGGCCCCGACGAUGCGCGACCCCUUCGCUGCGUCCGUCUCUGUGCAGCAGAACAAGUCCGCGCUAAUCACCGAGCUCAAGCGGCGGCGACAGCGACUGCAGAGGAAACUCGCCCUCCUGCAGGAGGAGGCGACAGCGCGUAACAUCUUCGCGCUCGUCCGCGCCAGCAACGCCUCGCAGUUGCAGUACCUCUUGCAGGAGGGCCUGUGUAACGUGAACGACCGCGACUACAACGCAUGCACACCGCUGCAUGUGGCGGCCGGGGAGGGGAAUCAGGCCAUUGUGCGUCUGCUGCUAUCUUUUGGUGCUGACGUCGUCGCUGUGGAUCACAACGGCCGCACCCCGCUGGACUGCGCCGCGGCGAACCGGCACAGCGGCGUCGCCCGCUAUCUCCUCACCGUGAUUCGCACCAAGCACUUCAGCCAGGACGGCGGCGACGGUGGAUUCACCAGCAGUGGAGGUGAUGAUGGCCCGCCUGUGACCAUGUGCGGCCCGAAAUCGACCAUGGACGAGGGCUCUCUUGUAACCGGCGUGUACCCGAGCCUGUCCACCUCGCCAGUCGGCCAACCCUCGGAGCGGCCACCCGUCGUGGACAUUGCUGCGGGUGCUCUGCCUCUCGGCAACUCUCCGGCCGGCUCCAUCUCCCUGGGUACCACCACUUUCACACAGAGAAACACCGCCGCGCAGUGCCACUCAGAGUUGUCGCCUACGGGGUCACAGGGGCCGCCGCUACCUCUCUCCCACCAACGCCAGCAAUACCAACAGCCGGCCUCCUCGUUAUCGACGGCCUCCACACCGUCGCUGUCCAGGCCCGAAAACUUAAACCAGCUUCCUGCCCACGCUGCCGCCUCCGGCACCAUCACGGACGCAGAGAGCUGGACUGGCAGCGAUGCGCUGCCGCACACGGUGGGGUGGGGUACCAAUGCGCCCCCUGCAACUGCGGCUGCAGCUGGCACGACGGCCUCUAGCGGUGCGCCACCCGCUACGAUACCGAAGUCUGCGUCUUCACUGGCCGUGGACGACAUCAGCGGGCCUGUGUGGCGCCCGUUCCCACUGCUGUCAACGACGACACAGCACCUCGCGCCACCUCAAGAAGCGGCAGCAACGGCGAAGUCAGUAGGUGCCAACAGCAGUCUGACGGGACACUUGAGCAUAAUGUCCGUGUCGACCCCGCGGUGGCGGCACAACAGCAUCCCUCACGGCAGCUCCCCGAUGAGGCCGGUGUUUCUGUCCUCGUUAGACUCGACAGCGGCAGCUCACUCUCGUGGCCUCAUCGCGGCGGAGUCGAACACAGGCACCACCCCAACGGCGCCACCGCCCAGGAUGAUCGGCGUCAACGCCUUCGCUACCAAGGCUGGUAGCGCCAGCGCUGGUGGUGGCGGGCAACUCCUCAAGCGGCACGUCAUGUCAACGCCGAUGUUCGUGGCGGGUGGGAUCGAAGAGAGCGUUAGCGAGGAGACAAACCAGGCAGCAGCGCAGCAACCGCCAUCACGCUUGCACUUCAGCACGUCCCUCAUCACACCCGCCACCACCGCGGGUACGAUGGCUGGUUGGCAUGACGGUGAUGAACCGCUCGUGGACACCGAUGUCGAGGGCAUUGAGGAUGCCCUCCUUGACCGGCGCGGUCACUGCAGCAUGCACCGCCGUUGCAUGCAGAGCGAGAGCAGCAGCAGCCCCCAUGGCGAGUUCGGCUCCGUGUUGUCGGACUGGUCGCGGAGCGGCAGCCUGCGCACACUCGCUACGGGGAAAGAGAAGCAGCAGCACAGCCGUAAGGAUUGCAGCAGCUUCAACGAGACAGGGAGCUUCCUUGGCGAGGUACCCCCUGCCCUCUCUCCUCCUCCAGCGCCAACAGCAGCGACUGGCGCGGCCGCCGUUCGUAUCUCGUCAACUUCGACAGCAGCAUCCGGCGGUGGUGCGCAACAGCGGCAGAUGCUCCUACGCCCGCCGCGGCUUCCAGACAGUCGCCCCCCACCGACCGAGAGAGGAGGCACCAAAACAGCUCCAGCGACGCGUACGUACCCCAUGCACAUGCUGCGUCCCCUAAACCUUCUCCCCGUCGACAUGCACGAGGAGUUGGGCGGUGAUCAUGGCAGCGUCAUCACAUCAGCGACCACAGCCCCGACAGCAGCGUCAGCAGUGGCCACCACCUCCUCCGUCUACUCACAAGUGUGCGGCCCACUCAAAAGUCAGGAGGACCUGACAUCGUCGACGCUCGCCUCCGGUGCCGGCUCGCUGCGUGGCGUAGGCGCCGGCAGCGGCAGUCUCUGUGACAUGGGUCAGCAGUCACUUGAGGAGCACCACCACCACUACCGCAUGGCCGCGCUCGGCAUGCUUGUCAGUCAGCAGCAGCUGAGAGACGAUUCUGGCGUUAACAAGCGUCCGGCGCCGCCGCUGCUUCAAACGACGCGCGCCGCGCUCGAGCCGAUCAGGAUGGAGGCCACUGUGACUGACUCUGCCUCACCAAGCGGCGAUGGCAGUAGCAGCCGCAGCGCCGUGAUGAAGAACAGUAGCAGCGAUGUAACGCCAUUUCCCUCCUACCCUCAAGUGGCGGCUGACCCCGCUGUAGUGGUCCCAUCCUUGCUGAGCAGCACCGGUCCCACCACUGCCACCUCUGCCGAGGCUACUGGAGCCAUGUUAGCAGGUGCGGUGGAACUGGUGAGGGAGCCGAUGGCAAGCCCCCACGCAGCCAAGGAGCAGUCCCUCCUACAGGAGGUGCAGCACGAGCCAGCGGAUCUGGCCACGCUGCACUACUCGAGCUACACCACGAUCAGCGACACUGUCUCGGUAAUUGUCUGCAUGGUAGGGCUUCCAGGCCGAGGUAAGAGCUUCAUCAGCAAGCGACUCGUGCGCUACAUGAACUGGAAAGGUGUGCCGUGCCGUGCGUUCAACGCCGGCAACUACCGGCGGCAGCUGCUUGGGGCCGAGGGCACCGCUGGCGCCGAAUUCUUCAACCCAGACAACCCGCAAGGCGCGCAGCUGCGGGAGCGCAUGGCAGAGUUCGCCUGUGAAGACCUCGUCCGCUUCAUCGCCGCCCACUCGCUCGCCGUCGGCAUCCUCGACGCGACGAACACGACGCGUAGGCGGCGGGCGUGGCUCGCGGAGUAUUUCCAGCACGAAGCACAGCGCCACGCAGUGCCGUACCGGCUGCUCUUCAUCGAGUCCGUCUGCACGGACGACACCAUCGUCACGGAGAACAUCCUGCGAAGCAAGUGCGACAAUGACGACUUCAGGAACCUCAAAGACGUCGGCGCCGUUAUCAAUGAGUUCCGCAAUCGCAUCCUGCAGUACGAGCGGGUGUACGAGACACUAGAGCCGGAGGAGCGGAUGCCGUACAUCAAAAUCGUCAACGUCAAGCACCACGUCAUCCUGCACCGCGUGCCGAACGGCCUGGGCAGCCGCAUCGCCUUCUUCCUGCUGAACCUUCACCCCAUCGCCUUCCCGAUCUACGUGGCACUACCAGGCGAGACCGUCGGGGAUAGCAUGCACGUCUACGGCGGUGAGGAGCGGCUGACGUCCCGCGGCGAGGCCUAUGCAGUAGCGCUGAAGCACUUCAUUCAAGACCGAUACGUCCCGCACAUGGUGGUGCUACACGCCACGAACUACAGCGUCCUGAGCACGCUGACACCGCUGAUGGACAGCGCUAAGGAAGAAGAAACCGCGCCUGUCCUGCAUGCUCCGAGCAGCGCGAGCGGCCACGGGGCGUCGGCUUGUCACCUCACUGACACCUCGAAGGCCGCAGCGCCUGCACCUCAGCAUCCGCACGACGGCAGCGGAGAUACGCGCCGCAUUCUGUGCGAAGCGUCUGUGGAGCGACAACCUGCGACUGGGGCAGCGGCGAAAGCGGCCCCCAUGCCUGCCGACGCGUCUACUAUCAUUCCUGACGCAGCAGUACUGAAGUCACCGCACAGCCUGUCUGUCGUGCCUGGGACUGGAGAAGUAGUGGCUGAGGGCGAGAGCCGUGCCGUGGCGCCGAGGGAUCCGCAGCAGCACGAUGGCGACGGCGGUGGCGUGGCUGCUGUUGACAGUCGUCUACUCGGCGCAGUAGAUGCCGUGGCGCUGGAGCAGUUCAUGCACGAAGACGACAGCGACCAGGUAGAUGAAGAAGAAAUCGGCGAUGAGGUCCUCUGCCCGGUGCCGGGGCUCGAUAACAUUAACUUCGGGCGCUUCAGCGGGCACACCGCCGCGUGGGUGAAGGAGAAGUACCCGCGCCUGUCUGCGCUUCUGUACGAUGUGGACGACGGAAACGUGAGUGCCGGAGCAGCAGCACAGCAACACCAGCAAGAGUCACGCAAGCACAACGAUGCGGCAGACGCGACUAUGCCGUUGGCAUCAGCCGGGAGUGCGAAUGCCACCGGCAGCGCCUCACACCAUCGCCUCGGCCAGGGAAACGAGACCCACCUGGCUGCAGCUUGGCUCUCGGCCCCGCUGCCGCCGCAGGUGCACUAUGCCACGCAUGAAGAGGCCGUUUCGCACCUGCAGGGCGCCGUAAGCGGUGCUGACCCGCGUCUCUCCUAUUGCACCCAGCUGCCGAAUGGCGAGAGCUACCGGCAGGUCAACGUCCGCCUGGAGCCAGCGCUGAUGGCCGUCAUGCGUACGCAGUCCCCAGUGUUUGUUGUCGCCCCAGCCGUGCCAGCGCAGGGGAUUUUAUCCUUCUUCAUGGACGUCAUCCCAGAGCUGUCGCCAACCAUCCGCAUCCCGAGUGGGUGUGUGGUCGAGAUCGGCGUCAAGGACGGCAUCACAGUGCACCCUCUGCUGCCAGACGCGCUGCCGGAGAGCAUGACACGCUCCCUGCUGACGGUGCUGCCGGAGAUCCAGGAGGCCAUCCGCGAGGUAGCCACCGCCAGCUCCGUGGAGAAGAGAACAACGGGGGCGCCUGCCCACGGGAGCGCCACUACCCAGUCUGGCGGUGCUGCUGUAGCGGCGGCACUCCUCAGUUCUGUCAAUGCCGGUGGUGGUGCACAGAAAGAGAACGGCGAGGCGUGCCCGGUGGGCGCGAACGCCUCUCGAGCGGCCACAGCGCCACCGCCGCCCUCGUAG